GGGUUCUUCAAAGGGUUCUCCUAUGAGGACAGCCAGAGAACAGUUUUAGGUUCUAGAUAGCAUGUUUCUUUUCUACUAGUGCAGCUAGAAGAUCCCCAGUGAAAUCCAUUGUCUCCAGCUGGAAGAUCCCCAGUGAAAUCCGUCCAUACAGCUAGAAGUUGAAACAACCCCUAUCCCAAGAGGAGAUGCUCCUUUAAAACCAAACCUCUGGGAGUGGUAACUCACAUGUCCCCCCCCUCCUGCUCAGACUUUGCACGCCUCAACCAAUGGCUUGCGUGCCGUGCCACGUUACUGACUGUGCCUCCGGGCAGCAGAUAGCUAUUUUCUAUGAUGUGGUCAGCUGGUCAGCUAUGUGAAUAAUCUAUUCAGAUCUGGCAUGCUUCAGCAACGGCUGGGCACAGGAACAAGCCCCUGUGAUCCACCUGGGAUAAGUGGCCAACCAAAAACCUUCCCAGAGGUUUGUUUCUGGGACAUAACAGCCGGCGGGUAAUGAUGCCAUACUGGAUGUACAUCUACUCUCAGAACAAGUAUCAGUCAAAUGAAGACGACGCUGGAGAUGAGACGAGGUUGAUUAACGAGGAUGGAGAUGAGACGAGGUUGAUUAACGAGGAUGGAGAUGAGACGAGGUCGAUUAACGAGGAUGGAGAUGAGACGAGGUUGAUUAACGAGGAUGGAGAUGAGACGAGGUUGAUUAACGAGGAUGGAGAUGAGACGAGGUUGAUUAACGAGGAUGGAGAUGAGACGAGGUUGAUUAACGAGGAUGGAGAUGAGGCGAGGUUGAUUAACGAGGAUGGAGAUGAGACGAGGUUGAUUAACGAGGAUGGAGAUGAGACGAGGUUGAUUAACGAGGAUGGAGAUGAGACGAGAUCGAUUAACGAGGAUGGAGAUGAGACGAGGUCGAUUAACGAGGAUGGAGAUGAGACGAGGUCGAUUAACGAGGAUGGAGAUGAGGCGAGGUUGAUUAACGAGGAUGGAGAUGAGACGAGGUUGAUUAACGAGGAUGGAGAUGAGACGAGGUUGAUUAACGAGGAUGGAGAUGAGACGAGAUCGAUUAACGAGGAUGGAGAUGAGACGAGGUUGAUUAACGAGGAUGGAGAUGAGACGAGGUUGAUUAACGAGGAUUAGAAGGUCAAGUGUUGAUCGUCUGUUUUCAGAAGAGCUAUUUGGAGAUGGUUGUGCUUGGUAACAGCCAGUUGGAGAUGGUUGUCUUGGUAACUGAGCUAGUUGGAGAUGGUUGUGCUUGGUAACAGUCAGUUGGAGAUGGUAACUUGGUAACUGAGCUAGUUGGAGAUGGUUGUCUUGGUAACUGAGCUAGUUGGAGAUGGUUGUGCUUGGUAACAGUCAGUUGGAGAUGGUAACUUGGUAACUGAGCUAGUUGGAGAUGGUUGUCGAGGUAACUGAGCUAGUUGGAAAUGGUUGUGCUUGGUAACAGUCAGUUGGAGAUGGUAACUUGGUAACUGAGCCAGUUGGAGACGGUUGUCGUGGUAACUGAGCUAGUUGGAGAUGGUAACUUGGUAACUGAGCCAGUUGGAGAUGGUUGUCUUGGUAACUGAGCUAGUUGGAGAUGGUAACUGAGCCAGUUGGAGAUGGUUGUCGUGGUAGCUGAGCUAGUUGGAGAUGGUAACUUGGUAACUGAGCCAGUUGGAGAUGUUGUGUAUAUAACUAGUAGAGUUCCUUGUUAAUACUCUGUUAUAACUAGUAGAGUUCCUGGUUAAUACUCUGUUAUAACUAGUAGAGUUCCUGGUUAAUACUCUGUUAUAACUAGUAGAGUUCCUGGUUAAUACUCUGUUAUAACUAGUAGAGUUCCUGGUUAAUACUCUGUUAUAACUAGUAGAGUUCCUGGUUAAUACUCUGUUAUAACAUCCCACCUCCUUUAGUUGGGGUAAGGAGGGUGAGUCACUGGACCACUGAACAGGACUGUACACUGGCUAAUAGUAGCAGUUAGUGUCUUGUUAGGUCACUUUAAUUGGCUCCUUUAUUUUGGGUUAGGAGGGUGAUUCAGAACCCAAUGGGACUUUAGUAUAGAAUGGUUACUUAAUAGUAGGUGUAGUGACGUCAGACACAGUCAUAGCUUCCCACAGUGUCCACAUAGCUGCUGUCUCAGCUCAUCAGCGUUUAUUAGGCCCCGAGCAGGGAGAAUUCCCCUGCAAGCUUUCAUCUGAUGUGGGUUUU